AUGAGAAUUCUUCCAUUGCCGUACUCACGUAAAAUCAUCUACUUUAACAAUGUCGCUUUUUCCAAAAGGUCAUCUUCCAGAGCUUUACUUUGCAAUUUUUAUCGCAUACUAUUGAUUCAUACACGACAUUCUUUGCAUAGUUACGGAGAUGGUAACGAGCAUCACAAAGAUAACAAUAACGAAAAUUCCAUUAGUUUUAGAGAUAGUAAUGUCACGGAUUCUCAUCUGGAAGGAGACACCGUUAAUUCAGGAGACCAUGUUAAUUCAGAAGAAAAAAUACCUUCGCAAGCGGGAGCUGAAGGGCAUGAUACACAACCCCACAAAUUUGAGGAUAAGUCACGGCAAUUCUUGGAUUUCCUACACGUGACGGUCAAAGGCGGUCACGGUGGCGACGGAUGCGUGGCCUUCCUCCGCGAAAAAGGAAAGCUACAUGAUCCACCCGCCGGCGGAAAUGGAGGUCGGGGUGGGCACGUAAUAUUCUCAUCCUCAGCCAAUCACUUCUCACUUUACUCAAUUCCUCGUAUUGUCACCGCUGCGGCUGGUGAAAACGGUAAGGGUCACAUGAGGCGCGGCGCGGCUGGAAAGGAUACUAUAAUUCAUAUUCCGUUAGGUACCAUUGUCCGUGAGAUUGAUCCUCCGAGUUUAUCUCAAAUUUUGGUAUAUGAAGAAGGAUGUCUUUUGGAAACUGACGAGAAGUUUAAAAAGAAAGAAAAGAAAGAGGUUUUGUACAAACAGAAUAAAAUAUAUUUUGAUCUAUCCGUACCAGAUGUUCGAUACAUUGUGGCUGGCGGUGGUAAAGGGGGAAAGGGUAAUCCACAUUUCGCCACCAAUGUCAACCGCUCACCUACUUUCGCAUCACGCGGAAAAGAGGGUAAGAUUCGGUAUCUUGAGCUUGAGGUGAAGACGAUUGCUGAUGUCGGAUUGGUAGGUUUACCAAAUGUAGGAAAAUCUACUUUCUUGUCGGCGGUUUCAAAUGCACAUCCAAAGAUUGCAUCAUAUCCUUUCACCACACUGAAUCCAUUUAUUGGAACCGUUGAUUAUAUAGACAGGUUUCAAUUGACGGUAGCAGAUAUUCCAGGGAUCAUGAAAGGUGCACAUAAGAAUUAUGGAUUAGGGCAUUCGUUUUUGAGGCAUGUAGAAAGAUCGAAGGUGUUAGUAUAUGUGUUGGAUUUGACAUCCGAUGAACCAUGGGAGGACUGGAAAACCUUGAUGAAGGAACUUGAACAAUAUAGGGAAGGAUUAACUAAUAGUCCGUCACUGAUCGUUGCAAAUAAGGCAGAUGUGACGGGAAAGGCAAAAAAGAAUUUUCCUAUAUUACAAUCAAAAGUUUAUGAUUAUGAGCAUGAACGAAGACAAACAGAGAAGGAAACAAAUUACGAUGGCAAACACGAAUAUGAAAUAAUACCAGUUUCAGCGAAAUAUCAUAAAAAUAUUGUAAAAGUGGCAUCUGUGUUGAGGAAAAUGAUUGAAGAGAUCAAAAUGUAA